AUGGCUGAUUCUGAAAGAAAUUUUGAUGAAAAUUUUGAAAGAUAUAAACAUGUUUAAGUUUAAGGUAGCUCUUCAAGUCCCAUACUUCCUAAACCCAGCCUUGUCUCUGAAUAACGGUAGGUGGCUCGUCAACCUAUUUCUAUCCCCAAGCCCCUUCAGACUUCUCUGAUAUAUACCAGACUCAGUGUAGACCCAUUUUUUUGAGUAGAGACUCUCAAGAAGUCGUGGACUUCUCUCACUGAGUUCUGAUGUAAGACCUGAGUCAUAACCCUAACUGAUAAUUUUAAGUGUAAUAAUCAUGUUAAAAGAUCACCACUAUAUUAUUACUGUGGCGAAUAUACAACAAUAAAACAGUUAUCAAGAGAUGGAAAUUAUUGUGAAAAUUCAUUAUCAGGAUUAAAAAUACUUGACUUGGGAUGCGGAUCUGGGCAGUCUAUAGCUCAUUUUUUUGAAAAAGGUGCCGAUCAAGUAAUAGGUCUAGAUAUAUCACAAGAAAUGGUCGAAAGUGCAAAAAAAUACUUAGAAAGCCUCAAAAUACCUAAUCAAAAAUUCAUGAUAGAAAAAGCUGAUUGUUCAUCUUUAGAGAGUGUCUCUCAAAUUUUAUCUCUAGAUAUAUAUAGUAAUUAUUUUGAUAUCAUAACUGCCUUUUAUUUCCAUUGCUUUGCGAAAGAUGAAAAUCAACUUGCUGAAAUAUUUAAUUUAUGCAACAGAUAUCUGAAGCCAGGAGGGAAAAUUGGAUUUGUGACUCUUAAUCCAGAAACCUAUACAAAUUUUCUGACUUUUAAAGAGGUCGCAGAAGAUCAUUUUUUUGCAAAAUAUCAAAAUAUAACAGUAAUUAAUGAAAUUCCGCAAGUUGAGCUUUUAUUUAUCAACCCAGAAAGCAAGGAAGAAUUAUUUUCAGUUUUUAAUAACAUUUUCUCAGUAGAGCAGUUUCAAAGAGCAAUGCAGCGAAGUAGGUUUGAGCUCAUUGAAGCAAGAACACUUGAUAUAAACCCUGAUUUUGAUAAAUCUACUAUUUCAGCUGAAGAAUUAUCAUUGCUAACAGGCAACUUAUGUGUUAAUUAUUUUUUCCAAGGGCGAAAAGUCUCAGAUUUGCAAUAA